AUGGUUCAUUUGGAGACGGAGACUUCUGGUAAAUGCCGCUGGUGCAGACGCAGGGCUCUGGGACUGGCUCUGGGAAUGGCUCUGGGACUUGUUCUGGGACUGGCUCUGGGACCGGCUGUGGGACCGGCUCUGGGACCGGCUCUGGGACCGGCUCUGGGGCCGGCUUUGGGACCGGCUCUGGGACCGGCUCUGGGACCGGCUCUGGGACCGGCUCUGGGACCGGCUCUGGGACCGGCUCUAGGACUGGCUCUGGGACCGGCUCUGGGACUGGCUCUGGCUCUGGCUCUGGGACUGGCUCUGGGACUGGCUCUGGGACUGGCUCUGGGACUGGUUCUGGGACUGGCUCUGCGACUGGCUCUGGCUUUGGCUCUGGCUCUGGGGACUGGCUCUGGGACUGGCUCUGGCUCUGGGAUUGGCUGUGGGACUGGCUCUGGGACUGGCUCUGGCUCUGGGGAUUGGCUCUGGGAAUGGCUCUGGGACUGGCUCUGGGACUGGCUCUGGGACUGGCACCAGGACACCAGCCGGUCCACCUCCCUCCUCGUCCCUCCACUGGCUCGGGCCGGUCCCCUACUGAACCCUGCAGCCUCAGCUCGGGCCGGCCCUGAACCCAGCAGCCUCAGCUCAGGCUGGUCCCCUCCUGAACCCUGCAGCCUCAGCUCGGGCCGGUCCCCCCCUGAACCCUGCAGCCUCAGCUCAGGCUGGUCCCCUCCUGAACCCUGCAGCCCCAGCUCAGGCCGGCCUGUCCUGAACCCUGCAGCCUCAGCUCAUGCCGGUCCCCUCCUGAACCCUGCAGCCUCAGCUCAGGCCGUCCUGAACCCUGCAGCCUCAGCUCGGGCCGGUCCCCUCCUGAACCCAGCAGCCUCAGCUCAGGCUGGUCCCCUCCUGAACCCUGCAGCCUCAGCUCGGGCCGGUCCCCCCCUGAACCCUGCAGCCUCAGCUCGGGCCGGUCCCCCCCUGAACCCUGCAGCCUCAGCUCAGGCCGCCUCAGCUCGGGCCGGUCCCCACCUGAACCCUGCAGCCUCAGCUCAGGCCGUCCUGAACCCUGCAGCCUCAGCUCAGGCCGGUCCUGAACCCUGCAGCCUCAGCUCGGGCCGGUCCCCUCCUGAACCCUGCAGCCUCAGCUCGGGCCGGUCCUGA